GUGCAGAAAGGUGUGGCUUCUUUAUGAGGUUCUCCAGUCAUUGUGGAAACAGGAGCUCAUCAGCACAGACUUGGAAAAGUUUAGGUCAAAAGGAUUUUAAAUCUGUGAAAUGGCUCGCCAGAACAUGUUGCAGCUCCUUCAUGUUGCUGCGCUUUGCCUUCUCCUGUUCCUGCCCUCACUGUGCUGCGAGAACCUGGUGUGCCACUUCAGCCCCAUCCUGGAGAAGGAUAAGAUGGUUGAACCUACUGUGACAGAAUGUCCUCCCAAACAGGUCUGCUUUGAGGGCGUGGGUCGCUAUGGCAACUACUCAGCCUUGUCUGCAAGGGGGUGCAUGCUGCAGGACCAAUGCAGCAAAAAAGUCUACAUCCGUCUCAAAGGGACGGUGUACAUAAUGAGCUACAGCUGCUGUGACUGGCCUCACUGUAACUCGUGUGUUGCUGUCCGCCCUCUGCUUGCCACCGUGACUCUAGCGGCGGUCGCUGCUCUGACCUCCAGGUUGAGUUGAUGGAUUAACAUGAGGUGAACACCCAGUCUGGAGACACUGAUGGUGUGCACCUCUUGAAACGGGAGUGGUUUUAUUUAAUCUUUUAUCGUUGUGUGGAUUUUUAAUGGUUUUACUGUAAUAAAUCUCUGAAAAUACAUCAAAUG